UUUAUCUAUCAGUUUCCUCAUUUGUGCAUGAAUGAAGUCUUUUUCUUUUCUUUCAACCUCCUCUUAUCCUUUUUCUUCUGCCUAUUGCAACUCGAGUCAUUGUUUGUUCCUCCAUUAACAUCUCCUCUGUUUGAUGAAGUAGUAUCAAAAUCUGAAGAAUUAGAUAGACUAAGGCUAGUAUCUGAGAACUUUGGAAAUUAUGAAGCUCUUGAAUCGAGAGAUAGAGGGUCAGACUACCUUGGGAAGGGUGUCUCAAAGGCCGUUAACAAUGUUAACACUAUCAUUGGCCCUGUGCUCAUUGGCAAGCAGGUCCGAACAGAUCACACUGGUAUAGAUAACUUCAUAUUUCAACAACUUGAUAGAACUUAGAAUGAAUGGAUGUGGUGCAAAGAGAAGCUGGAGCUGUUGUUCUCAAUAUUUCCUAUACAAGGUAUGUUGCAGAUCAUUCUAUUGUAGCCAACCUUUCCCCUAAUAAGAGAAUUUGUUGGUCUAGUGUGUUUAUCCCUAUCAAUGGCUCUCAUAAUUGGCAAAACACAGCUCUACACGGUGUCCACUACCUUGUACCUGAUUUUCGCCUGAAUUGAUCAAAACAACGUAAUAGAAUCUGUGCUAGAUUUUCUUAGAUUUUCUAUAGUCAUCCAUAUUGUUUUUCAUACAUUCCAUGUUGGUGGAUCUAUCAUAUGUAAUUAAUAUGAAUAU